AGACUUGAAAAUCAAGCAGAAUCCUCGCUUUUUAUCAGAAACCAAACAAUCAGCAAACAAAAAAGAAACCAGUAAUAGAAAAGGUGAGCAUGCACAGCCUAAUGGAAUCGUAUAGAAACAGAGAGAGAGAGAGAGGCGGCGGUACCAUGGUUGACGGAAAGGAGAGAGCAAGUGGGGCUGCGGUUGGCUGCGCGAAACCCUUUGUCGUUGAUGGAUUAGAUUGGAGAAAACGAAUUUUGCAGCUGGGUUCAAUGGGUUUUUGAGUUUUACCAAAAUCAAUUACAAAUUUUGGAGAUCUGCGGGGAGGGAAGCUCAGAAAUUAGGGAUGGAAAAUGGGGAAUCUGUGGAGGGGAGUAUGAUUUUAGCAGAAAUGAAGCUCGAAAUUAGAGAGGGAAGCUCAGAAAUCACUUGGGUCUAGUCUACCGGGAAGGGAAGCUCAAAAAUUAGGGAUGGAAAAUGGGGAAUCUGUGGAGGGGAGUAUGAUUUUAGCAGAAAUGAAGCUCGAAAUUAGAGAGGGAAGCUCAGAAAUUACUUGGGUUAGUCUACCGGGAAGGGAAGCUCAGAAAUUAAGGAGGGAAGCUCGGAAAUUAGGGAGGGAAAUUGGGUACUCUGGCGGUGGGAAGCAAAAAUAAAGAGGGAAAUUGGGG